AUGGAACACAGUGCGGCCCUGCAGCACCUGCGGCAGCACUCCUUCGUGGUUUGGAAGACCAAGGGUGAGGAGGACGCAGGCACGAUCACGAGAGCUUUCGCGAGCUUCGGCUACGCCGCUACACGGGCCAAGGAGAGUUUUACCACCGUUACGCUGCCCUCUCACCGGUACACCGCCAACAGUAUCGCAUCUGUGGACCCGAGUGUUCAGCCCGAUGGCCUGAGCACCCCGGUGCUGCGGCUCAUGCUCGAAUCUGUGGGGAGAGACUUCAGCGUUGAGUACGCUCAAUUAGGCGACACGGAGGUGCCGUCCGAUGGCUGCUCAGCGUCGGUCGUGGACGUGUUUCACUACUACAAUUCGCCCGAGCUGGUGAACAACGUGAACUGCGCAGAGCACACGGACCCAGGGAUCCUGUCCGUCGCUACGCGAGCCGACGUGCCCGGACUGCAGCUCCUUGACGCAGAAACAGAGGAGUGGGUGGAUAUCGAGACGAUGGUGGAUUCUACCGACCUUGUGGUCUUCGUCGGGCAGGUUGGUCAGUGGCUCACGGGCGAUGCCUAUCCCGCCGCACUUCAUCGAGUGCGCAAGCACACCCAGCCACGUUUGAACUUCGUGUUCGAGCUACGACCACACCGCGACCCGUUCGCGGGCAUCAAACUGUCGCCCAUCACCGACGUCAACCACAUGCUGGUCGCCGACAAGGUGCAGAACCGCAAGGACUUUGAGAUCUACCACAAAGGCACGCACCCCAGGUCAGACCGACUGGACGAGUACUUUCGCCAGUGGCUCGAUGCGCUGGGUGUCUCGGAGGAGCAGUACCAAACCCUACACCUGGAGAUUCUCGAGCGUACCACCGUACCUACCCCCAUCAGCGAGACACCAUCCACCGGCUUACUUCUCCCAUGA